AUGGCUGAGGUGGCAGCGGCCGGUGUGGGCCAGCUCAAAGAGGAGGCUCUGCAGCAAAAGAAAAGGCUGAGGGCCCUACAGGGGAAAGCCGGACCCAAGGACAAGGAAGAGGAGGAACCCAAGACCAAGCGGCUCAGAGUGGAGGAAGAGGAGAAUCCCGGGGAACUCGGGCUGCAGAGUUAUGUCCCAGAGGAUGAGGACCUGGAGAGCAGGAGGGUACCCCCGAUCGAGCCAAUCAUGGAGGAAGUGAACCCAGCCAACCUCGCUCCCUGGAAGCCUGACUGGUACCUUAAGCAGCUGACAAGGUGCAUCUGGAGGACCUUGGCAGAGCUCAUCUGCGAGAGGCUGAGAGGUCAGGAACCCUGGACUGUCUAA